AUGCUCGUUCUCUCCGCCUACAUCUCUUCCUCCGACAACCCCGGUUCCUCCAUCCUCUCGACUCGCGGCAUGCGCCAAGCGACAGUCGCGCAGCUCGCAGAGUUCGCUCGCAUCGAGACGCACGUCGAGAAGGCGCACCCGACGCUUGGGAAUGCGGUCAAGGUCGGCGAGAAGGACGAGGAGGCGUUCGAAAUCCUCGGGUUGCUGGCGGGCGUGCUGAACGAGACGGGCGAGGUGUUGGAGCGGCUAGAGAAGCAGUCGAUGGGAGCGUGGUUGCUGGAGAAGCUCGUCGAGGCGGAAGGAGACGGCGCCAAGCUGGUGCACGACCUCGCCUCAACCUUCCCCGCCUUCCGCGACGUCCAACUCGUCGACGAUCAACCCGUCUUCAUCCUGAAGAAGCCCCUCUGGCUCGUCACAGUCGUUUCACUCGCUUUCCGCACAGGAGACCUGUCCGACGUGCCGUUCAAGGUGCCCGACAUAUCGGGCUUCCCUGUCUUUGCCGACAACGUCCUGCCGACCCGCCUUCGCGCCGCCUCGGUAGGCGCAUGCUCAGCUAUCGUCCAACGAGCCCACGGACUCGCCGCGGAAACGGGCAAGGAAUGGCUCGCGAGCUGGACGGAGCAAGACUUGGACGGCUGGCUGUGGAAUGAGGGCAAGCGGGCGGAUCUGCGGGAGGUCGAGCGGAUAGCGGAGAAGGGGACGGUGUACUACUAG